AUGAGUGUGGCAAGGACGCAGUUGAAACAACAGUUACUGUUGUUGAAGGUCAUUUAUUUUCCUAAUGGUGAUGUGGACUAUAGCAAUGAAACUAAGGCAGUUGGUACACAUGCUGAGUUUUAUUGCAAUCCGGAAUAUGAACUGAUUGGUCCACCAAUUGCUGUCUGUCUUGCUAACAGAGAAUGGAACGUAACAACACCAGAGUGUCUGCCUGUGCGGGAAUGUCCUCAACCUAAGAAUCCAAACAAUGGUAAAGUGCUGUACCGACGGCCCAUUUAUAGGCCUGGCAAUAGAGUCAGUUAUGCGUGCAACAAGGGAUACAGCAACACUGGGGCAUCUUUUCAAACUUGCGAAGAGAACCUCAAAUGGUCUAAGGAGGGACCGAAAUGUCACCGGAAGAUAGGUCGUCUAGCAAGUUGUGGUGAUCCUGGAGAUAUUGAAAACGGAUUCAGGCGUGGAAAGAGUUAUACUGGAGGUUCAAUAGUCCACUAUAUCUGUAACCAAGGAUAUUAUAUCUCUGGAAGCUUCUCUAUUAGUUGUGGAAAGAAUGGACUGUGGUCAGAUUCACCACCAACAUGUGAAAUUGAAUUUGAGCCUUUGGAAGAAAUUGAAAAGAAGUUUAGGAAGGCAGCGAAUCUAGACGGCGAUGAUGAUUUGCCUGUCGACCCAUUGGGUUUGGGUCAGAUAGCCAUACCCGACUCAUACGUGCACCUCGGCUUCGUUCUAGACAAGUCUGGCUCGGUGAGCAACCCCGACUUUCGGUUGGGUCUUGAGUUUGCUAAAGAGAUUGUCAAGUCGUUUGAAAGCAAGUACAGCAGAGUGAUCGUUACCAUUAUCGUGUACAGCAAACAUGCCGAACUGAUCGCGAACAAUACCGAUGCAUCAGUAAUUUCUCGAGCCGUGAAAAGCGUGAAACGCAAUAUGUACGGACCGACGGCUACUCGACGUGGACUAGACAUGGCAAGAGAUACUCUACUCUACAACAAGGAUUGCUUUGAAUGCACUCCACCAACAGAAAGGCCACCAGACAAGGACCAUUACACGUACCCUUGCCCUCAAUGUGUCAAAAAACCUGAUUGUCGUACUCUUCUGUUUCUGAUAACCGAUGGUAAAUCCAAUUGGGCUGGAGAUCCUAGCAAAGCUGCUCAAUGUCUGAAGCAUAGCGACGUUGAGAUAUUUUCUGUCGGUGUCACGUCUUCUGUCAACAUACCAGAGUUGAGGGAUACCGCUUCCGAGCCUCUGUCCGACCAUCUCCAUCUAAUUCGAUCGUUUGACGACGCUUUGAAGAUGAUCAAGGUCGAGAAGAAGAGAUUCAAGUGACGCGACGUGACAGUUUGUUGAUGUAGUAGUGACCAGAAAUGGCUGAGACAGCUUAGCGUGCUUGGAUUGUUUGUAGUGCUUUCAUAGUUUGUGUGAUCGUCUCAAAAACGACAGGCUUCUUGUUCAAUAGAGUAGCUCG